CCCUUUCCCGUCUCUGCAAGCCGUCCAAUUUGCGGCUGCCGGAGUGGAUUCCACGUACACUUCUUUUUGUUGUUUUUAAUUUUGUUUUUAAUUUUGCAGAACAGCGGGCCGGUUCUCCCGUGCACAGUUAUCUUUGCAAGUGCAGUCGAACGAGAGAUGGCUGCUUUUAAAUCCUACUCAGCCUUCCCGCUGCUGCUUGCUCUUCUCCUGGGCGGUUUGGGGAGCUCCCUGCAAGAGCUGGACACAGUGGACGAACACAGCAAACACCUUUACAAUGCGGAUCUCUUCAGCCAUGCAGUGCAGAUGUCUCCUCACUUCAUCAUGUUCUUUGCGCCCUGGUGUGGACAUUGUCAGAGGCUUCAGUCUACGUGGGAUGAACUGGGGGACAAGUACAACACCAUGGAGGAACCUCCACUUAACAUUGCUAAAGUUGACUGCACCAAAGACACGCAGAUCUGUUCUGAUAACGGAGUCCGAGGAUAUCCUACACUAAAGUUGUUCAAACCUGACCAGGAAGCGGUGAAAUAUAAGGGGCCUCGCGACUUCCAGUCACUUGAAACCUGGAUGCUCCAGACUGUGAAUACUGAGCCUGCUGCUGAAUCGGAACCGGAGAUUCCCACUAUCCCGGAAGCCAAGCAGGGCUUGUAUGAUUUGUCAGACAACAACUUCAAGCUGCACACUGCCCAAGGCUUCCACUUCGUCAAGUUCUUUGCUCCGUGGUGUGGUCACUGCAAAGCACUGGCCCCAACGUGGGAACAGUUGGCAGCAACCUAUGAACAUUCCGACAGUGUGAAAAUUGGCAAGGUGGAUUGUACGCUUCAUCAGCAGUUGUGCUCUGACAGCCAGGUACGGGGAUACCCAACACUGCUUUGGUUCAAGGACGGUGAAAAGGCCGAUCAGUAUAAGGGAAAGCGAGAUCUGGACUCCCUCAAAGAAUAUGUGGAUACCCAGUUGAAGGUUGUUCAACUCACCGAAGAUGAAGGUGGUGAAGAUGAGGAAGAGGAAGAACCAGAGGAAGAGGUGGAUCAGGAGGCGGAGGGAGAGAAGGAAGUGGACGAGGAGGAACUGGAUCAAAUUCUCGUACUGACUGAAAGUGAUUUUGAGCAGACCAUAGCCACGGGCGUGACUUUUGUGAAGUUUUACGCCCCCUGGUGUGGUCAUUGCAAGAAUCUCGCACCAACCUGGGAGGAACUUGCCAAACAAGUGUAUCCUGGAUUAAGUGACAUCAAGAUCGCCAAAGUGGACUGUACGGCGGAGCGAUCCCUGUGCAAUCAGUAUUCGGUCCGUGGUUAUCCUACUCUACUGCUAUUCCGUGGAGGUCAGAUGUUAAGUGAGCAUAAUGGUGCCAGGGAUCUGGACAGUCUUCACAGUUUUAUCCUCCAGCAGGCCAAGGAUGAACUGUAGUGUGCAGACCUCCUGCUCGGCCACCACCUCAACUCACUGAUGUAUAAUUGUGCCCAGAUUUGUCUUUGCCAGAAAUGUGGUUGUACUCUCUCCUCUAUCAAGGUAUGUAGCAAAAGGUGAACAGCAACUUCCAGCCUUCUGAAUGGUUAAAUUGGCUAUGAUUUUUUAAUCAGCGUGGUGCCUUCUGAGUGUGUGUGUGUGUGUAUGGACGUAGAAAUAAGAGAUUUUGCUUCCUGUGCCUGCCAGCUUAACACUUAUGUGGAUGUGUUUCAUAUGUAGUUAACGGAUAAUCAUCUAGCUGUACUUGAUUAGUAAUUGCAGUACUGUGGGCUUAAAACUGAAUACCUCAGCAUCUCUUAAAACCCCAUUCAGCCUGCACGAGUUAGAAAGAAGUGAAGCCAGUCUGUGCAGUGCGAGUGACUGUUGGAUUUGUAUAGUUUGAUUAACUUGUGUUGCUUAAAAAUCAAAAAGCGAAUUGUGAAACUGGGCAGUAUCAAUUGCUGAGAUUUCAGUGAAUUGUUUGAUCACUUCGACAAUUCAUUAACGGGGGCUAAAACAGACAUUGCAGUAGUUACCAUGUAACAUUUGCACUCCCCUUGCAGUUUAUUGAAAUUAACUAACUCAAGGCUUUUUUUAAAAACGUGACUAAAGUGUAUGAAAGAAAGUGGCUGAAAGAACCAUGUUAUUUAAAAAAAAAAGACAAAUAUGACUUCCAAAAUAGCAAAUGUUACAGUCUUAUUGCAGUGGUGAUUCUGGGCAGAGCCAUUUGAAACAGUGUGAGGUACUGGGAACACAGACCCGAGAUGUAGAACUGUUUACUAUUCAUACAUGUUGCUGCAAAUGAGUGAGCAAAUUGCAAAGGAAAACCACUUCAUUUUAACAUCCUUUAUUGUUAGCAUGUGUGUUAGAGAAUGAUUUGUAUGUUUCCAGGUGGGAGGUGGAUAGCAGUAAACUUGUAUGGUCGGCACUUAUUUUUUGUACAAUAUAAAAUCAUUUUUUAAAAAAUGAGAUGCUACAUCAAAGGUUUACACUACUUGGCAAUUUCUAAUUAAAAAAAUGUAAAUGAU